GGCUGUUGAGCCGGCGGCUCCUGAAAUGGAGCCAGAAGUGUUGGAUGCAAGCAAUUCCUUUACCGUAGAAGGCGACCACCUGAUUCCAGACCUGGACCUGGAUGAUGCCGACAUCUACGACGUCCCAGACCCGGGACUGCUGAACGAAGAGGAUGAGUCAUCGUUUAAGGAGCCGGCCCCACGGCUUUUUACCAGCAACUCUCGGUGGCAGAAUGUGACCCCGAGCUCCCGUGCCCGCCAGCUGUGGCUGCUCCUGCGUACAGGCCUCCAGACUUUUGUGGAAAAGGAAAAGAGAGCUGAGCUGCGCGUGGCGCGCUUGACGCACGGGCUAGAGCCGCUGCGCCGCCUGGAGGUGGCAGCCGGGCUGUGUUCGGUGGCACAGGACCCCGUGGGCAGACGCUUCGUGGUGCUGGACGGUGCGGGCCGCCUGCACCUGCGCAGAGAGGAUGGCUGGGCGCAAGAGAAGCUGCUGGCUCCGGUCGCGCUUACAGGGCUGGUGGCAGUGCUGGGCGAGCUGGGCACUGUGGGCCGCUUUGUGGGCUGGGGCCCGGCGGGGCUGGCCAUCCUAAGGUCCGACCUCAGCCUGCUGUGGCAGAGUAAGCCAGUGGAGCGCAGGGUGCCGGGCCGCGAGCCAGUCUGCUGCCUGCCGGUGCCCGACCCCGGGCUGCUGCUGGUGGCGGAGGCGGGCGGAAGCCUGGCGCUCUGGAAGUUCCGUGCAGGGGGUCGCUGCCUGGUUCCUCAUGGGUCCCCUCUGCGGCUGCCGCCAAGCCUCUCGGGUGCGCUUGGGCGUCUGGCUCUGGGGCCUCGGCAUCCCCCUCACGUCCCACGCUGCUGCGCAGCCUGCGGCUCAGCCGUGCUCACCUUUGAUCUGCACACCUGGGCUCUCACAGAUGUGCGUCGGGAUCUGCACAAAACCACCAUCUCCGACCUGGCGUACUGUAGAGAGGUGGGGGCCAUGGUGACAGCUUCCCGGGACAGCACGGUGAAGGUGUGGGAGGCUGACUGGCAGAUCCGGAUGGUGUUCGUGGGACACACAGGCCCGGUGACUGCGGUGGCCGUGCUCCCGAACACAGCCCUCGUGCUGUCGGCUUCGCACGACGGGACGCUGCGCACGUGGGACCUGCAGGCAGGGGCGCAGGUGGGUGAGGUGGCGCUGAGCCGCCGGGGCCUGAGCGUGCCGUCGGAGACCGUGAGCCAUCUGCUGGCUCCCGCCGGGCCCGGCUGGCCCUUGCUCUCCGUGCGCGCCCACAGUGUGGAGCUGUGGCGCGUGCGGGAGCUCUACUCGCCGUUGGCCCAGCUGUCGGCGCCGGUGCUCCACCUGCAGGUGGCGCCGGCGCUGCCCUCGCCCACGGCCCCGCUAGCGCAGCUGCCCACGCGCCUCGUGUGCGCCUGCGCCGACGGCUCGGUCUACCUGGUGUCGGUCUCCAGCGGACGCGCCGUGAGCGCGCUUCUGCUGGAGCCCGAGGACUGCGCGGCCGCCGUGGCCUACUGCCUGCCCCGCGAGGUGCUGUGGCUGCUGACGCGCGCCGGGCACCUGCUGUGCGCCAACGCAGCACGCUGCCCCAUGCGCGUGCUGCACCGCCUGUGCCCGCCACUGCCCCCGGCGCCGCGGCCCUGCUGCCUGCACCUCUACAGCCAUCUCACAGACCCCCGGAGCGCGUUCACCACCUGGGAGAUAGUGCGCCACGACAAGGGCGAGCUGUGCCGCAGCGACGUGUCUAGGGCCUGGAAGGACAAGAACCGGUACCUGCUCGUGGUGGGGCACACUGAUGGCACCCUAUCCGUACUCGAGUUGCGUUCCUCGAAGACGGUCUUCCGUACGGAGGCGCACGGCCCAGGCCCCGUCACCGCCAUUGCGUCCACCUGGAACAGCAUCGUGUCCUCCGGGGGAGACUUGACCGUGAAGGUGUGGCGCGUCUUCCCGUAUGCCGAGGAGAGUCUGAGCCUCCUGCGCACCUUCUCCUGCUGCCCCCCGGCGGUGGUGCUCUGCGCCCUCGGGAAUCGCAUCACCGUGGGCUUCGAGGACCUGAACAGCGCCACCUAUGGCUUGGUGCAGUUUGGCCUGGGCAACAGCCCACGCUCUGAUCACCGGCCCCAGGAUGACCCCACGGACCACAUCACCGGCCUGUGCUGCUGUCCCACGCUCAAGCUGUACGCCUGCUCCAGCCUGGACGGCACCAUCCGCAUCUGGACCGCGGAGAACCGCCUGCUGCGGCUCCUGCAGCUGAACGGUGCCCCUCAGGCCCUGAGCUUCUGCAGUAACAGUGGGGACCUGGUGCUGGCCCUGGGCUCCUGCCUCUGCCUGGUGGCCCACAGGCUCUACCUGCCCACAUCUUACCUGAUUAAGAAGCUGUGCCAGGAUGUCCCUGAUGUGGUGGAUGACCCUCCACUGCCGCUGACCAGCCAGGAGUCGCUGACCUCAGCCCAGCUGCAGAGGCUCGCCAACCUGCGUGGGGUGGCCAGCCUCAGCGCAGCCUCGUCUUUCAUCCAUCGCCAGACGGCCACGCCGCAGCAGCCAGUGUUAGAGAAGGACUUGGAAGCCCUCGUUGCCCGGGACCAAGACCUUCAGCAGUUGAAGCUGGGGCUGGUGGGCCCUGCAGCCCGGCCCCCACCCACCUGGCAGCAGUGCCAGGAGGCCUUUGAUAACUACCUCCGUCUGAUUUAUGGCCCUGGUCUGCUGGUGAGUGUGGGGCCUCCCCAGUCCCUCCCUUCACCCGGGGCCUCUGACACUGCCCGUCUGCCCUGCCCUCCCUGCCAGGGCAAGUAUUCCGGAGGAGAGUCCCAGCAGUGGCGCACCGUGACCCCCACAGUGGAGAGACAGACCUGGGACGUGUGCGCCCCGCCCAGCGAUGUCCCCGAUCUCGGGGGCGUUGAAGCCUCGCCACCACAGGACCUUGGGGCCCUGGGCCAGCGCUCUGCCCGCCCUCCCCGAGUCCCCUUGCCUCCCCCCCGCACCCCCCGGAGGCUGCACGGCAGAGCAUCCCAGCUGCUGGCCCGCUCCUCCCCGAGCCGCGAACUGGGCCUUAGUCUGCAUCUGCAGCUGCAGUUGGAGCGGCUCCACGGGGAGAAGCCCGUGGCCCCGGAUCCACUGUCCUCCCCCCUGCAGCGCAGGACCCCCCUGCUGCUGAAGAGGCGGCCCCAGGAGCGCCUCUCCAAGCUCAGGGCCUUCUUCCCUGCCGCUGUUCAGCCCUAUGAGUACUGGCGGCGGCCCAUCCUUUUCCCGGGCUGCGUGCCCAACUCGGUGGUGCUGCAGCAGAUGUGGCUGCCUGUGGAGGUCGGCGGCCUCGGAGCCCUAGGCCCGCUCAGGCGCCGCUGCGAGAGCAAGGGGCGGGGCGGGCCAGGCGGGAGCCAGGAAGACCUGUGGCUGCCGCGGGGCAGCAGGCGGCCGCGCGCCAAGCGGCAGGAGAAGCUGAUCCAGUCGUUGGGAGAGGAGGGGGAGGAGGAGGACGACGAGGAGGAGGGGCAGGAUCUGGACUGGGCCUCGGAUUCGCUGGGCCCCCACAGGCAGCUCUCUGACCAGCUGCUGGAGGCGGAGGAGCAGGAGGCUCAGAGCCCCGAGUGUCUCAUCCCGAAGCCCAUGGGCUCCCGCGAGGACACCGCCAGGGCCGAGACCUGUCUUCACUGCCCCCAGUUACACUAUGGGCACUCGCUCUGGGAAGAGCGCUACGGGCAUCUGCCUAGGUUUCUGCAUUUUUUCGUCGGCCAGAACUGGUUCAAAAAGCUCUUCCCCAUCUUCACUCUGCAGGCGUACCCCGAGGUGGGCACGGUGGAGGGCCUGGCCUCGCUGUUCACGGACCUGCUGGACGAAGCCUCUUGGGCAGACCGUGUGCACAUCCUGCACGCGCUGCUGAGGCUGCUGCCCGACGUCAGCAGAGACCUCUGUAGCCGGCUGCAGGGCAUCCUCGUGCGUUUGCUCAACCUGGACCAGCCCCCCAGCCUCCAGGACGGGACGCAGAAGCAGUUUGUGAUGCUGGCGCUGCAGCUGCUCCUGGCCUGCUCCCUGGAGUCCCGCGAGGUGGUGCUGGAGCUCCUGUGCUACUUCCUUUACUCGCCAGCCUCUUGCCGGCCGGAGCUCAGGAAGCUGCUGGAUGGACUCGGCCUUCAGGACCCGCAGGGCUUCCUGCUCAAGGAGAUGACGACCUGGGUCCAGGGCUCGGACCUCGCCUCCAAGGCCGCACUGCGCAAGCGCUGCUGCCAGAAGCUGGAGGAAAUGAUCUGGCAGCUGAAGGUCUGGGCGGGCGGGGGCGGGAGCCAGCGGGCUCUGCGCCUCUUCCAUCCUCCCCCAUCCCUCACCCCUUCCCCAUCUCCCGGGAUCUUCCUGCGCCUCCCCAGGAGGGAGUCUGGGGUGGGGUCUCAGGCUUGGAGCCAAGGGCAGCACCUCUCCGGCCUCCACUGGCCAACUCCCCAGCAGAUGGAAACUGUGCCGCCUGCGGUAGCCAAGUUGUCAGAGAUGCUGCCCGAGGUCUCAGAGACCUCAGCACUUCACCCUCCUUCGAAGGAGGCCCUGUCGCAGGUUCCCGUGGUCUCUGGGGCAACUGUUCAUAUCUCUGUGACGCCCUCACCGGUGGUCUCACCCGGAGAGCCGGACUUGGCCGCCCUGGAGCCGCAGGCCCAGCAGAGGCUCGCACAGACGCGCUUCGGGCAGACCCGACGACGUGCGCUGUCCGAGAUACUGAGGCACUUCUGCCCCUGGCCUGAGGCCCACUUGCGAUCCUCCGCACCAGCUGCGGAGGAUGAGCCACUGUCUCUGGAGCAGACGGACUGGUCACAGUCAGAAAUGCUGGACCUGGGGCCCAUCGACGCGCUCAACUUCUUCUGCGAGCAGCGUCGGGCUCGGCAGCAGGGCCCCCUGCAGGAGGAGCCCAAGAGCCCGCCGCCUCGCCCGCCCCCACGGAGGCCCAGCAUGGUGGUGCCACAGCCCCGGGAACCCCGGCACCACUCCAUCCUCCGGCUUCAGGAGGCCAAGGUCCAGAGGUCUCCAAUGAAACUGAGGGGCCGAAUGCUGUCCCGGCUCUGGGCGGGCCGCACCCUGGAUGGCGCCAUCCGGACGCUGAAGCUGCCACUGCCCCGGGUGGAACUGCAGCCUUUCCCCCCAGACUGGCCCAGGCCUGCCCAUCCGCUGCCCCCGCAGCUCCUGCAGCCUGCCCUGCAACGCUACUUUCUGCCAGAUGACACGGACCCUGACAGCUACAGCUGAGCUGGCUGGUGACCCUGACCCGACCCCGCCUCCCCCUCUUCCCUCCAGCAUGGAGUCAGGACAUGGCUCUCCAGCCGGCUGUUCACCCCAGCCAAGGCCCAGGGCCGGAAUAAAGUCCAGAGGCCACGGCCAGCACACUGGAUGCCACCUUCACCUUUGGGGGCCACUGAUGUGGGCAGGGGGGUCUGGCCGGUGUGUCACGAACCUGCUGGUGGCCAGCUGCACGUGUGAAACCAGGAGUCCGUCGGAGGUUUGCUACCUUUAGGCUGGAAAGGAGAAAAAUUAAUGAAGAGACCGCGUGUGCUUUAUCCAAGAAGCAGUGAAGGAGCAGUGUUCUCUGGACCUUUCAACUUAAAAGUCACCAGGAGAUUGACCUUGUCUGUGAAGCACAGGGUCUCGGGGCCUCGGCCUUCUUCUGAACUGCCAUGACCUCAAAGGGCACUGACCCAACCACACGUGGAGCCCACGUGCGCACUGGCUAUUAGGAAGGCUUUUGUGAAGGGCCUGUUCUAGCUUUCUAUAUCCCGCUGCUGGGUUGCCUGAGCAGCGAUUUCUUUCCUGUAUUUUCAGCCUCUGACUUUAGACAUUUGUGCUCAAUGGCUCUGUGGUUAAACUUGGUCUCCCACACCUUUCCCACAGCCCCUAACCUGUGCCGGGGCUCUUGUUACAGGGCUGCCGAGUGGGCAGCUCUUUCCUAGGCCAAGGAGGGCCAGAAGUGCCAGGUCCAGAUAACUGAAAGACUUGACUUUCUUAUAAAAGGAACUGCACCUGCUAAAACAAGGACUGGGAGGUCCGUAGUAGUCUGCAUCUACUGGUGUUUCUAUGUUUCGAAUUACAGAAGCAAUAAAUGCUUUAAAAAAUACA